AUGAGUUAUAUAUUACCACCUGCAAACCAGUUAUCUACUCUUCCACGUUCCCAACUCAUAGAAGUCUUUAAUCAUUUAUUUGAGCCAUGUCCUACGUUGACAUCGUUGCUUAUUUCCAAAAUCUUUAAUGGGGAUCGUACAUAUUCAAGUUAUCCAGAAAUGAUCGAAGCUUGUAGAGAGGAAUUGACCCAGUUUCUUGGCCUAGCAGAACUGGAAGCGUAUAAUUCGGGUACUGCCAUAAACCCAGAUAUUUCCAAGAUUAUCGCUGCUCACCCACGUUUAGGUCGAUCUGCACCAAAUAAGUCAGAAAAGUUGUCAACACAUUCAUCUGAAGAGCAAAAAUCUCUACAGGGUUCCGAGGAAGAGGCUCGCAGGCUCACUGAGCUCAAUGAGCAAUAUGAAACUACAUUUCCUGGAUUGAGGUACGUUGUGUUCGUGAACGGGAGACCAAGGUCUGACAUUAUGCAAAACAUGAAAGAAAGAAUUAAUAGAAACAAAAUCUCUCUUGAACGAAGAGACUCCUUUAAUGCUAUGUGUGAUAUUGCCCUAGAUAGAGCAAAGAAGUUGAAUUCCACGAAGUUGUAG